AUGGAGGGAUCGAGCACGUUCAACCCUCACCACGCUGUUGCCUUGCCCCUGCUGCGCCACAUUUGCGCCGAGAAGGGCCUCGACCACGCGCUGAUCGCGCCCGCGGCCGCCUUCUGGGACGCGCCCGACCCAGCGUCUGCAGAAGAUACUUCGGCAUUCGAUUCCACGCUUGUCGGCGACGAGGCCGUCGCGCUCAUGGCGCGCGCGCUGGUUGAGCUCGACGAGUCUGUGGAUGUUGCGUUGGAAGUCCUGGUGGAGCUGUUCGCCAGCUCGCGCUCAGGGCUCAACUUGGGCCCUAACAAGAGCGAGUGCUCCUCCAAGUAUAGAGCUGUGAAAGAAGGCAACCGACUGCUCACCAACACCGUUGUGAAGAGCGAGGCGGAGAAGGACUUCGGCUCCUCCGGCGGCGGACGCCGACGGAUCCGCGCCCGGCUCCUCCGCACCUCCGCCCUCGGGGCGGGCGGCCCGCCACAGCGGCGGCGGGGCGCCAUGGGCUGCGGCGGCAGCGCCGCCAAGAAGGGCGCCGACGAGCCCGCCGACGCCGCGCCGAAGGCCGCCGACGAGGCGAAGGCCGCCGCUGAGGCGAAGGCCGCCGCCGCCGCCGAGGCGAAGGCCGCCGCCGAGGCGAAGGCCGCCGCCGAGGCGAAGGCGGCCGCCGAGGCGAAGGCCGAGGCCGAGGCGAAGGCCGAGGCCGAGGCGAAGGCCGCCGCCGAGGCGAAGGCCGAGGCCGAGGCGAAGGCCGAGGCGGCGGAGCAGCGGCGCGCGGCGACGGAGAGGUAUGCGGAGGCGGCGGCGGGCCUGGCCGCGGCUGCGGUGGCCGAGAGGCCGCUGGGGAUGUCCUCGCUGGAGUUCGCCGAGGACGUCGCCGAGCGGAUGAGGUCGGGUGCCCAGGAGGAGUGGGAGAAGGCGGCCCUGGCGCACGACGUGGCGACGGAGGCCGAGCUGGCCGAGCUCGCCCGCGCGCUGCUCGGCGCCCAGCUGCGCCGCGGCGCGCCCGCGGUGGCCGCCGCGGCGCUGUGGGGCGUCCGGAGGGCCGCCCUCCUGGCCUGCGCGCCCGAGGAGACCUCCCGGCGGCCCCCGCGCCUGGCGGGGUGGCCUCCCUGGGGGCGCCGGCGGCGAGCUCGCUGCUGCGGGAGGCCCUCGCCCGGGCCCCUGGCCCGGAGAAGGGCGAGGCGGGGCAGGCCCCCGAGCCCGCCGCGGCGCUGGCGGCGCUGGAGGCGCUGGAGGCGACGCUCCUGGAGCUGUCCGAGGAGCUCGCCGGCGCGGUCGAGAGGGCGGCCACGGAUGCCCAAGGAGACCUCGAGCGGCGCUGGAUCCGCGCGCUGGACCCGCGGGGUGCUGGGCGGCUGUCGGGGCCUGGCCGCCGCGGCCUUCGGGGCGCGCGCGCUCGUGCCGCCGGCGCGGGGGGCCCUGCAGCGGCUGGCGGCGGCCGCCGAGUCGCUCCCGGAGCCUCGGAGUGCAAUCGGCCAUCUGUCACUAAAGCGGGCUGUGGCCUACAGCCUCGCGCCAGCUACCUUCGUCGCCUGCGGGACCCUCUCAACCCCACGACACUUCUGGCAGGGGUACGAACCGAGGCUGAGAACGAUGCCUCGCAUACGUGCAAGGGCCCUGACUGCCCUUGUCCUCGCAGCGCUUGGGUGCUGGCUCCACCUGCACGCCUGUGUCUCGAAGGCAUACGGUCACCUCACGGCGCUCCUCACGGUGGGCUCCACGACCGUCCCGUCGGCGGUCUGCGCCGCUGCGAACAGCAGCAGCGUCGCCAACACCUGGCUGGCCUCGUCCGUCCCGAAGCCAGCGAUCUUCCUGCUCACGAUCCCGAGGUUCCUCAUGCAGGUCUGCAGCGCCUCCUGCUCCAGCGGCUUCGUGCCUGCAUCACUCGGGUUCUUCUUGCCGUCCACUCUCUCAACCUCGAACUGCUUCUCCCUCAGCGCCUGCUGGUGCCAAAGGUACCUGGUCUGUAGAUGCCGUACACGCCCGCAGCCCACUCUGUGGAUCAUCCCACGGGCCGCGUCUGAGUCCGUGCGAAUGAUCAGCCUCACGUCUGCUGGAACACCAGCUCCAAGCUCAGCGAUCUCGAGCAUCACCUGCUUGACCGUGAUGCCGCGCGCUGCCGCUGAGCCGAUGGCGUAG